UAAUAAGGAACAUCCUGCUUUCGACAGAGAGGGGGAGGAUAGAGCUGAGGUCUGGCAUCUCCCGGUAGUAGGCUAUAUCUACCAGGUCUUGAACACUAAAGGGUCCAACAGAGGGGGACAAAAUAAUAGAAAGAAAAAGGCUUCCAUCGUAGGAAGAAGGAAUCUCCACUCGUUUUAUGCCUGGUACCAUUACCGGAGAAGGACACACGCCGGUUUAGUGUUUUACCGAUACGGAUUAAUAAAACGCCAGACGGAUGUUCGCGAGGAGGGGCGGUGCACUCUGAAGUUGGAGACUACUGCCUACGGAGAGAAGCGCUUGUUCCCCGGUGAAGGUUCGCGCCCCCCAGCCACAGCAUGAAGCUGCCGCCGUGUCUGAUGACGAUCCUCGCGGCGCUGCUCGCUCACUCCGCGCUGGGUCAGACCUGGGUUCCGUCUAUAGAUCUAGAAGGUUCUUCUGGAGAUGAGUAUUAUGAUGAUGAAGACCUCUUCUCAGGCUCUGGAUCUGGCUUUCCAGAGGUGAAGGUCAACCCUACAGCGGUGGGUGUGUCUUUCACCACUGAGGAGCCCCUCCCCCUUUCCACCACCCAGGCCACUGGCCCCGCCCCCUCAGCCCCACCUGCAGCCGAGCCCAAUCCCAACCCUGACGCUCUCCCCACCCCACUACCCACUGAGGGAGAGGGGGAGAGUGGGAUAGAGUGGGAGAGAGGGAGGGAGAGAGAGAGGGAGAGGGAAAGAGAGAGAAGAGAAAAGGAGAGGGAGAGAGAACGAGAGAGAGAGAGGCAACGGGAAAUAGAGAGGGAACGAGAAAGAGAACGUGAAAGAGCGAGAGCCGCCCAGACCACCAUCUCACCCCGUGGCCCGGCGGCUGUUCCCAUGGCGACCACCAGCACAGCGACGCCUCUGGCGGAGAGCGCAGCACCCUCUAGUGGCGUGCAGGACCUGGUCACCACAGAAGAAGAGGACGAGGAUGUCUACCUGUCCCCAGACCCCACCACCAGUAUGCCUAUGGAGACCACCACAGAAGAAGAAGAAGAAGAAGUGACCACUACAGAGACAGAGACCACACCCCUCCCAGAGACAACAGCUCCACCCACUACGAUUGGCCCAGCCCUAACUGAGAGGUCUAGCUCCACCCCCUUUAGGCCCAGUGUUCUGGUGACCACGCCUACUAAAGCCACACCCACAGAGAGGAGCACACGCCCACAGCAGCCCUCUACGACAAUGAACAAUGAAUUAGGGGUUAAUGGACCCAGCGGAGACUUUGAGAUCCGGGAGGAGGACCGUCGCCAGGGCAAUGAGGUUGUUGGGCGUGGCCGUGGCAUGGAGACUGGGGCAGAACCUGAUCUGAUUGGCAACACAAUUAACACAGGAAGUUCUGCCGCUCAACUUCCUCAGAAGAACAUCUUGGAGAGGAAGGAGGUUCUGAUAGCGGUGAUAGUGGGGGGCGUGGUGGGGGCACUGUUCGCAGCGUUCCUGGUCAUGCUGCUGGUGUACAGGAUGAAGAAGAAAGAUGAAGGCAGCUACACGCUGGAGGAACCCAAGCAGGCCACCGUCACCUACCAGAAAGCUGACAAACAGGAGGAGUUCUACGCAUAACACACACAGAGAGAGAUGCUUAUUACUCCAGCUCCCUUCCCGUCCUGUCGCUUCACAUCUCCUUCCUAUCCUUCUCCCAUAUCUUCCUCCCUCUCUUUUCUCCUAUGCUCCUGUCCUCCAUGUCAGUUGUUCCUGAGAGUGCCCGUCUCUCCAUGGACUCAAACAUUUCUUUAAAAAAUAUAAAUACAUUUUAAAAAAAUAACAAAAUAAAUAUAUCAGCUGGAAAAAAUUACAUAAAAACGUGAUACACAAUUUUUUUUAUUUUUAAGUAAAUGUUAUUGAUAUUAUAUGAUUAUUGUUCUGAUGAUGUAAUGAACUGAUUAUUUUGUAAAAACACAAGCUCUUAUCCGGUGUUCCAGCACAAUACUCUAGUGUCUGUUCCACGGAGCGAAUGAGCCAAGUGAAAGAGGGAUGGUGGAGAAGAAGAGACAGAGACAAACAGAGGAAAGAGAGUGUCAUCUGAUUGGCCACACAGACACUGGGGUCAAAGGUUAGAGGAAAGGUCUCUAUUGUAGUGCCUUCCAUUGUCCUGGUGCUCUCUCUCUCUCUCUCACACACACACACACACACACACACACAUGGCUUGGACCCCUCUCUCUGUGCUUGGCCAAUCAGAGUAGGGGAACCCUCCCACAACGCUCUGACAACCUCAGGACAACGUUGUGGCAGCAUUCACUGGUAGUUAGCAAGGGAUUCUAACCAGGGAUAUAGUGUUAAAUAAAAUGGUGGGUAAACAAACCGCUGGGGUAACAUAAACGUUAGCUAAUGCUAACAACGCUACCUGAUCGUAGUAGUUGUGUAAACACUGUUCACCAAGUAAAGGGGUGUUUAAACAACAGAUUACGAGUGUUUACCCUCCGCUACAUCCCUGGGUUGUAUUCAUUAGGCACCAACAAAGAAAACAGACUGAAACAGGGAGAAGGACUACCUGGACCUAAGACUACCUGGUCCAAUAAGAAAUGCACAUUUCCGUAUUCCAUUGCAAAAUGUUUUACAACGUUUUCCGUUGUGUGUCAAUGAAUACGACCCUGGUGCUGUAUGCUAACACAGGGCUAGCGGCUAGCUGUCUGGGUUGCUCCUUUACGCUGUACAAAGGUGAUUAGUUCUAUGGAUAGUAAUAAUAACCAAUAAUAUAUCAAUGUUCUGGGCUGGUUGGUAAAUAAUAGUAAUAAUGAAAAUAAUACUCGAACGAACGGAUGUGUAUUUAGCGGUUUCAAAAGUUUAUAUGUAAAUAUCAUUGUAUGAAAUACUUUUUCUGUCGUUGUCACUAACCAGUCGCAUGAUCACCAUUUCUAUAUCACGUCAAUCUGUGGAGCUGUGCUCUCAACACACACACACACACACACUCACAAGUACGCACUCACACACUUAA